GAUCUUUUUCGUUCCCUCACCGAUCCCAGUCACUCUUUUGUAUCGUAUUCCGGAUCAGAAAACUCCACUGAAAACAUGCGCUUCUCUGCUGCUCUCGCCCUCGCGGCCCCCUUGGCUGUCUCCGCCAUCGAGUUCACCAGCCCGUCGCUCAACUCCACCGUCACCAAGGGCUCCAAGUACGAGCUGAGCUGGGACACCGUCGACACGGACCCUUCCGUCUUCAGCGUCUACCUCGUCAACUUCGUCAACUGGCCCCCUUCCUACACUCUGUUGGCCCAGAACAUCGAGACCGCUGCCGGCGCCGCCUCCGUUGACGUUCCCUGCUCAGCCAUCAACUCUGGUGGCUACCAGUUCAACGCCAUCAACGGCACCAACGUCUACGUGAUCUACGCGCAGACGCCCAAGUUCUCCAUCUCCGGCGACGACUGCACCGACCCCACCCCGAUCGGGGCCGAGCCAUCCACCUGCGCGCCGCCGGCCACCGUCACUGUCACGGUGAGCAAGACCCUCUCCAGAUCCAACUCCACCGCGACGGCGACGGGCGGCAUUUCGGCGGCUCAGCAGGUCACUCCGACGCCCGCCGUCGUCACCCAAGUGACCACUGUUUACCAAGGCGUUUGUCCUGACACCAUUGGCUGGUCUGCAGGCUACAAUCACCCCGUAACUCUGACGAAGCCCCCUCGCGCCCCCAACUCGCCCGAGCCCACCGGCUCCUUCGGCGGCGCCGACGACAACGUGAAGACUGUCUACAGGACCACUUACCUGCCCCUCGAGCUGGCCCCGACCGCCUGCGGCUGCUAA